AUGGCACUUACUCGUACACUGAAAGAUAAGGGCAUGGAAAAGUCUUCACAUAAAGCCAGAUAUCAUACAAAAGACAAAGAAGUAUACCCAUACACCAACAUGCACAGCCGACACGUCCAACACAAGACCUACCGUCCAAGCACAAGCCGACACCUCCAACAACAUACCGACACCGCCAACACAAAGACCGACACCGCCAACACCAGCCGACCGACUAGAAACCGGCCAACACACAGACCGACACCGCUGCCAACACAUCAGACGACACCGGUCCUACACCACUCCCACACCCCCACGACACAGGACCCAACCCCACAGCAACGACCCACACCCCACACCACACCAGAACCCACACCCCACAAGACAACCCACACCCCCACCAGAAGACCCACACCCCCAAACAAGCGACACCCCCACAGGCAGACGGCACCCCCACAAGCGACCGACACCCCCACACGCGACCGAACCCCCCCCAGCCAGACCACACCCCCACACGCAGGGACCGACACCCCCACACGCAGACCGCCACCCACACGCAGACCGACACCCCCACGCACAGACCGACACACAGCAAAGACCACACCCACACGCAAGGCAACAGCCGACAGACCCACAACGACACGCGAGGCGAGCCACACACGACACACAGCGAGCCACACCCAGAACCCGCACACAGGCACACCGACACACGCACAGGCAGACCGACAAAGCAAGGGACACCGUAACCGGCACACGCAAACAGCGACACCGACACACGCAAAGGCCACCACACACGCACCAGGCCACACCGACGACACGCAAAGGCCACACCGACAACGCACAGGCACACUCGACAAACGCACAGGCACACGACACACGCACGAGGCUACACGCACACCCACAGGCACACCGAAACACCACAGGCCCACCGACACAGGCAGGAGACAGCCUAAAUAG